UUGCAUGCAGCUACACACAUUCAUUAAUAUUUAUAUUUAUAAACAAAAAUAACUAAAACAACCAUCGUAUAAAAUUUUCUGUUCUUUUAAUUUCAAAAUACAAUUUCAUAGUAAUUAACACUAUAACUAGAAUAAACAAAUUAAAAUUUCUUAUAUUAAACUACGCUGAGAAAUAACAUAAAAUCCGUUUGAUAGUACAUGUGUUUUUAAUGGUUUUAUAUUUGAUUAAAAUUGAACUGAAUAAAAUUAACAAGGCUUCCAUAUUUUCAUAUUUAUAAUAUGGAUGACAAUUUACAAAACACUUCUGAUAUAAAUAUUAUUUAAGUAUAUGAGAGCUUCAGUUGUAGGUUACGUUUAACCAACAAUGCAAGCUAGAACGGAGUAAACAAUAUGACGUCGCAACGACACACACAUAUAGCUUUUUUAAUACUUGUACACCACUACAGGCUCGUGUGUAGCCCUCUACCGACAAAUUCGUCUAAGAAAUAUUUAUUAAAUAUUAACAAGCCUUGUUUGGUACUAACAAAUAUUUCUUUUAUGUUAAUAAGACUUUGUUAGCAUUAAAAAUAUUUCUUAAUAAUAAAGAAGUUACUUAUUUCAUUAUAAUAAAUAUUGUUGAUAAUUACUAAAUAUUUGUUAAAUCCAAAAAAUGUACAAAAAGCAAUGCCUGCUGUUCAAAAUUAUGUCACUCCAGAGUGUACCCCUUACCUAUUAGAAGAUGCGUGCCUACUUUAUCAAUAGUAAACAAGCCACCUAUUUCAAUGGAAACAAAAGACAGUCAAAAAGAAACCGAUAUGUGUAUUACCGAUGGGAAUCACUGUACACAACGAAGUCAAUGUUGCUCAAAGUACUGUGUAGUUGUAGGAUUGGCGAAUCAACUUUGUAUGAGUAUAUCUGAUCCUAAUAAACCAAAAGUAGGAAACACACCUUAUUCUGUAACAUCAACACCAAAGAAGUCGGAAACUAAAUGUCUAUCAACUGGAUACUUUUGUUUUGCUAACAACGAAUGUUGUUCCGAGCUAUGCGUAUCCAUAGGAUAUCAUUCUAUUAAAGCUUGUGUUAACUCGACGGUGACUGUUGACACUUCAGUAAAAAAUUCAUUUGAUUCUACAAUAAUUAUAUUAAACAGUACUCUGGAUUAUUGUACGCCAAACAGUUAUAAUUGUGAUGAUUUGAGCCAAUGUUGUGAAAAGAUUUGUGCUCCAAUAGGGUUUACUGGAAUUAAAUUAUGCAUGUAUCUUCCAAUUAAUAAGUCAUGGACAAUGUACUCUCCAUCUUCUUCCGUGACUAGCAAACCGAAUCAAAAUUCAAAUUUCUGUGUUUUGAAUGGACAUUAUUGUGUCGAAGAUUAUGACUGUUGUUCUAAAAAAUGUUAUUCUAUGCGGAACACUAAACUUCACGCAUGUAUUGUCUGAUAAAUCAUUUGAACAUCAGUAUCAUAAAAAUCCACGUGACAAUUUAUAAGGAUUCGGAAAAAAUUCAUGAGGAUCUAAAUAUAAUGAUUCAUGGGAAUAUAAAAUACUCUCACAAAAACUGUUGGAUAAUUUAACCUUUACACUAUAUAUUAUAUGAAAUUAUUAUUGAAUGAGUUAUUAAAACAUUUUAUGAAUUAAAAAUAACACAAAUUUAUUUAAGUGUUAAAACUCUGAUGUGAAUGCGAAUUGAAAUGAAAUUUGCGUUACUCCAAAAUCACUCUGUCCAUAAAAAAAUUCUCUAUUUACUCCGUAUGCGGAGUGAUUUUUUUUAAAUUCCAGAACUCCGAUGGAACGAAUCCGGAAUGAAAUAAAAUCUGUUCUCACCAAGAUUCACUCCCGAUUUUUUUCAGGGCUGUCACAAUUAUUUUUUUUCGCUCAGUGUAUAGACAGAUUUAAUGUCUUGCAUUAUGUAACAAUUUACUGGCUUAUUAAUCUUAUA